CGAAGUUGCAAAUCUGUCCGGGUUUAGUAUGAAUCCCCCCGACUCGCAUAUGUAUCCGAGGGCUUAAUAAUUUUAUGUCCUAGCUAGCUGGCUAGCUGGCUAGCUGGCCAGCUCUUUACGAUGCUAUACAUACUCGCUCCGCUACUGGUCGUCAAAUCGAUUGGACUCAAUUUCGUUUCUCAACUACUCAGACCAUGCAAUCCUUCCGUCAGUAUCGCCGCCUGCGGCAGCAGGUGCAAGAGGACCUCGCCUACUCUCGACGGGCGAGCCUGCCCUCCGACAGCGAUGGCAAGAAGGUUGCGACAGAGAAGCCUGAGCUAGUUGACCCAGCCCUUGUGCCGGGUGUCACCGUGUCGAACUCCGAUGAUGGCAGUCCCGUCUACGUGGUAGGCUGGAAAGAGAACGACCCGAGUAACCCCCUGGCAUGGAGUUUGCCUCGGAAAUGGGUGGCGAUGGCUACCUGCUGCUGUAUCGGUAUUGCUUUGACCAUUCCCACCUCCGUCGAGGGUCCUACACAAGAGGCUUUCGAUGCUCAUUUUGGCGUCAAUCCCAUGGCGGGAUCAAUGUCAACCGGCAUCUUCCUGAUCGGAGUCGGUGUGGGCUCGCUGUUCUCCGGUCCCUUCUCAGAAACCUUUGGUCGGAACAUUGUCUACGGGGUCUCCAUGAUAGUGGUCAUGUUGUUCAUCAUGGCCAAGGCACUGGCACCCAACUACGGCGCCGCGCUCGCCUUCCGCUUCCUCUGUGCCCUUUUCGCGGCGACCCCGAUGACCGUGGCCGGCGGCACCAUUGGUGACAUCUGGACCCCCAUGCAGAUCCCCUUCGGCCUUCCCUUGGUCACGAUCUGCGCCUACGCCGGCCCUAUCCUAGGUCCCGUCAUUGGGGCUUACACGCCGGAGAUCGGCUUCGAAUGGGCCGACUGGAUCUCGAUGAUCAUCAUCGGCGCCAUCCUGGUCUUCGUGUUUUUCGUCCAGCCCGAAACCUACAGUCCCACCCUCCUCGAGUGGCGCGCAAAGCACCUUCGCAAUCUCACGGGCGAUGACCGCUACCAAACAGAGCAUACCGCGUCGUCCGCCAGCUCCCUGGGCUCUCGUCUGCUGACCAACAUGUAUCGACCGUUCGUGAUGAUCUGGACGGAGCCCAUCAUCCUGAUCUUCAGCUUCUACCUCGUCCUGCUCUACUUUGUGCUCUUCACCUUCCUCAACGGCUACCCCUACAUCUUCACGAAGACGUACAACAUCUCCACCAGCAUGACCUUUAUCCUGUGGGUUGCCAUGAUGCCCGGCGUCUUCGUCGCCAUCGCCAUGGUCCCCUACAUCUAUCACCUUACCAAGAAAGCCGCCGGAAAGGCCAUCGCCGCCGGUAAGCCCUUGCAGCCGGAAGUCUCGCUCUACUGGGCGAUGGCAGGAGCCUCGAUCCUCAUGCCCGUGGCUCUGUUCUGGAUGGCCUGGACAUGCUACAGCGACAUCAGCAUCUGGUCUCCCAUCGUGGCUUCCGGCGUCUUCGGCUACGCCCUAGUCUGCAUCUUCACGACAACAUACAUGUACAUUAUCUUCGUGUAUCUUCAAUUCGCCGCCUCCGCACUCGGCUUCAUGACCUUCGCCCGGUACAUCAUCUCCGGGGCCCUCAGCCCGGCGUCCAUCAAGAUGUACGAGAACCUAGGCCCGCAUCUGUCAUUGACCAUUGUGGCCAUCAUCGCGUCUGUCAUGGCCCCCGUGCCGUAUUUGCUAUAUGUUUACGGUCAUAAAGUCCGGGCCAUGAGUAAGAAUGUGCAGAAUAAGGCAUAAGAUACCUAGCUUCUGUGUCCUGGAGGAACUGGCUGCUUGGUUGGUUUUCCAGGCAGACAGAUAGGGGAUGAGAUGAGGAUCUCUUUCUAAAUGGGCUUUUGGACUGUUUCUUCCUAUUCCUAUGUGUGGCUUUGUUGCUGCUCGUGGGAUUUGACUACUUGGCGCUAAAAAUACCUACUUAAUUUCUAUUCUUUUUC